CCGGCCCCGCCCCGGCCCCGGCGGACCCUCCGCGCCGGUCGCCCCCCCGUGUCCCGUGCUAUGAGUGUUCGCCGUGACUUCUCCGCGAGCAGCUGCAAAUGAAAAUGGAGGAUAUGUCUUUGUCUGGCCUGGAUAACAGCAAACUGGAGGCCAUCGCACACGAGAUCUACACGGAGCUGGUGGAGGAUGCCUGCCUGGGGCUCUGCUUCGAGGUGCACCGGGCUGUCAAGUGUGGGUACUUCUUCCUGGAUGACACGGACCCCGACAGCAUGAAGGACUUUGAGAUCGUGGACCAGCCGGGCGUGGACAUCUUUGGGCAGGUGUACAACCAGUGGAAGAACAAGGAGUGCGUGUGCCCCAACUGCAGCCGCAGCAUCGCCGCCUCCCGCUUCGCCCCCCACCUGGAGAAGUGCCUGGGCAUGGGCCGCAACAGCAGCCGCAUCGCCAACCGCAGGAUCGCGAGCAGCAACAACCUGAACAAGUCAGAGAGUGACCAGGAGGACAACGACGACAUCAACGACAACGACUGGUCCUAUGGCUCUGAGAAGAAAGCAAAGAAGAGGAAAUCGGAUAAGAACCCCAACUCGCCCCGCAGGUCCAAGUCCCUGAAACACAAAAAUGGCGAGAUCGGUGGGAACCCCGAUCCCUUCAAGUACAGCAACUCGGCAGGAAUCAACUACGAGACGCUGGGCCCCGAGGAGCUGCGGACACUGCUCACCACGCAAUGCGGGGUCAUCUCCGAGCACACCAAGAAGAUGUGCACCAGGUCCCUGCGGUGUCCCCAGCACACGGAUGAGCAGCGCAGGGCAGUCCGGGUUUACCUCCUCGGUCCCUCCGCGUCCCUGCCCGAGGCAGAGGCCGGCGUGGAGAACGACAGCUUCGAGGUGGCCGAGAGCCAGGCCCUCAUGAGCCGCCUGCAGUGGGACGGCUCCUCCGACAUCUCCCCCUCCGACUCGGCCUCCUCCAAAGCCAGUACAAACAACUCCGAGUCCCGCAAGACCAAGAAGAAGAAGCCCCACCUGGGGCUGGUGAGUGGUGCCCCAGGGCUCGGCUCCAGCAAGAAGAAGAAGCCCAAGCCCCCCGCCCCCCACACCCCCAGCAUCUAUGACGACAUCAACUGAGCCCCCCAGAGCUGGGGGGGGCCCAGGACGGACAGACGGACGGCCACGGGCCGGGGCAGCCCCCCCAGAGCCCCCUGGGUUGGACACAAAGUGGGUACCUGGGGCACGGAGGACUCGGCCGUCGCUGGAGCGGGGCUGGAUCUGGGGAGCCCCCACUAGUGCCCCCGUUCCUCCCUGCCUGCCCCAGUGCCUCUAUUUAUUCUGUGACAGUUUUUGUACGUGGGGCUCCCGUUGGGGCACUGAGGGGGCACCUGGCUCGGACAUGGGGGUAUGACCACCCCCUUCCCCUCCCCAGUGCCCCCCAAACCCAGCUGUGCCCCCUCCCAUACCCACUCCUCACUUACCCCAGCAGGGUGAGGGGCACCUGAACCCCCCGGGCAAGUCCAGGCCUGGGUGAGCGGGGUGUGGAUCCCCUCUGCUGCAGGGUUUUGGGGUGAGCCCCCCCCCGGGCUGCCCCCCCAUCCCUGCCCCGGGCUGGCUCUCGCUGGUCGGGCUGGCUCAGGGGUGGGGGGCACGCUGGAGGGGGGUGUUUCCCACUCAGAGGACAAGUGGGGACACCCCUGUGCCCCAAAUCUCUUCAGCUGUGGGGGCCUGGCAGUGCCCUCACAGGGGGCUUCGGGGGGGCUGCAUGCUGCAUCCUUCGUGUUUGGGGCUGUUGGGGGGGGCUCUGGAGGUGGGGGGGUAGCUGCUGUGACCGUCUCUGUGCUGAACUGUGUGGGGAGGGGGGGCCCCAACCUGCCAGGGACAGCCUGGGGGGGCUGAGAGUGGAGCAAAAUGGGGGGGGUAGGCACAGCACAGUCUGGCUUCAAGGCAGAGCCCCCCCACCUCAUCCCCCCAGGGCAGCUCUGUUGUUCCGCUCCCCGCAUGCCCGGGGACCUGCUGCUGCAGUCAGGGGGGUCAUUGGGGACCCCCCACCAGCUCUGGCUGGUGUUUGCACUCCCACAGGCUCUGCUUUUGGCUGGGGGGGCCGGGACCAGCGCCCUGCUGUGUGGGCUGGGGGGGGGACAGGUCCCUCUGGCUGGAUCCAGGUCACCCCCAGCCCCACGAUAACCCGAGCUGUUCUCCAUCACAGGGGCUGCAUCAGGGACAGGGUUGGUUCUGUCCCCUCCGUUGUACCCCCCCAUGGCUGUCUGACCCCCCCACCCCCCUUGGCCCUGUGUCCCUGGGGGGGGACUGUGUCUGUCCCCCCACCCCAGUGCCCUGGCUCGUCCUCUCGGUGGGGCUCACAAAUUAUGGUGCUCUCGACUCUGGAUUCACUAUUGUUUUCAAACUGCUGCUAAAGGCUGGGCUGGGGGGGUUCCACAGAGCCCUGGGCACCCCAAAAUGCUGCGGGGGGGCCCCUCCUCACUGCAUGGGGACCCCCGUGUGGCCCCUCCCGGUGUGGCUUUGGGGCUGGGGGGGCCUGGCCACCGGAGCACACCGAGCUGGCCUUAGUGUGCCCUGGGGCCUGCAGAUGGGGGUGUGGGCACCCAAAAACACAGGGGGUCACCCUGAGCCCCCCGCAGCUGCUUGGGGAGGGCACAGUGAGCUGGGGUCUUGGGGGGGGGAACAGCUUGAGCCCCUCUGGCUGCGGGAGAGGCGCUGCAAAUUUGGGGUCCAAGGGGUGUAACGGG